AUGUUCGUCUCUUUUCUUCUUCUAUUCAUCUGCAUAUUCCCUUUUAUAAAAACGGCUUUAUUAACCGGUUGUCUGGUUGGUGAAAUCCAACACGAUGACGGUGAUCGAUGGAUUCACAACGGGAAUUUUCUCGUCGUUUGCAAAGAAGGACAGAUUAAGGUGCUCAAAUGUAUAACUGACGGGGGAACAGUGAUCGACGUGGGAACAGAGGAAUUCAUCGAGGAUGGGGUCACGUAUUCGUGUUUGGACGAGCCGGAAGGGGAAAUUGAAGAAAGUGGGAGCGGCGAAAACCCGAUGGAGGGAGUCGAGUGCAAGGACGAGAACGAUCUGAUCGUCGAGAAUUUCCUUGUUUGUUGCAUUGGGAAAAAGUUGAAGGGCUGUGUGGACGAUCGGGGAAACACGCUUAAAGGUGGGCAUUUCACGCUGGGAAAGGGUAUCCUCAAAUACUGUAACAUUCAUCAGAACGGGAUCCGCGGGCGAAUCGAAAAUAAAGGCUGUUUCAAUGGGACCGAAGCCGAUGACCCAGAAGAUAAACAAUUUCACGUGAAAAAGUACGCAAUCUGGCGACAAGGCGACGUCGAUUUAAGAUGUGGCGAUGAGGGCAUUUCAGUGUAUCGAUGUUAUGUGGAUGGUAAACAAAUCUACUUUGGAAGUGGAUGGGUUGAAAAAGAAACACAACGAAUACAUGUAUGCAAA